CUUAGAUUUCAUAAAGAUUUAUAAAAACCCAAGAAAAUCCCUAUAUAAACAUGUCCAGCAAUGAGGAAAAUGAGUUGUACAUGGUCACGGAGGCGCAACGUCUUCGAAAAUCCGAUCCUUGUGCGGCCAUGGCCUGGAUAAUCACGGCCAAAACGCUAUAUCCCAAUGCCUUUAAUCUGCAGUACGAAGCUUACCUAUUAGAACGCGAUGGAAAACGAAUUGAGGAGGCUGCCAAGUGUUUCAGCGCCGUAGCCACCAAUUUCCCCAAUCAACAUACAGAACUGUGGCAGGAGAUAAAUGCCUUAACAAACGCCCUGAGAAACGAGAGUGAAAAUACCCCGGAACACGAGUUUUACGUUAAGAUGUACAAACAUCUUACGCCCGAGGUUCAGCACAAUAUAUUCAUGCACACGAUCAAUCACAGCGCCGAUAAUCUGGAGCGCGUCUAUAUCUACAUACUGAUGUUCAACAAGUUCCCCAAAUCGGCGCUAACUCAGGCUCCUAGAUUAUUGGAAAUGCUGGCGGAGGGCAUGAAAACCGAUCCGGAUCUUUAUCAGAGGAUCCUGGUGGAGGAGGUUCUGCCUAUGAUUCAAAAUAAACCGCCGGAACUUUCGCCUAAUCUUGCCUGCAGGCUUUAUACCAGUUCCCUGGAGUUUUACCUCCGGCAAAUCAUGGAUGAAUCGGAUACGGCGGAUGCCUGGAAGAAUAUCUUCAAGGUCCUGAUGAUCUGCGGCCAAAUGAUGGGCUGGGAACCCUUUCUGCCCUUCAGCAAGCACGUCAAUCAGAAUGUCUACUGGGAAAAGCUGGUGGAUAUACUUUCCGGCAGUCCGGCGGGCAGUUCGCAGGUUCUUUUCUACGCCACCACCUUGUUUAUUUAUUCCCUCCACGGUUAUAUAAGGAAUUGCAAGCUGCGGAUCGAGGAUGCCGAUGUGAGCCAUGUUUUGGUGGAGGGCUUCAUGGAAUGGUCGCCGGAUGGCGAUGGCUCCGAGGUGCCCAGCAUGGAGCCCCCAAAAUUCUCCCUCACCACCGCCAUAAGUCCGGAAUUGUCCAAGGCCUUUCUGCACGCCGCCCAGUGCUGGCAGCUCCUGAACACGGAUCAGUUUCAGCGGGAUUUCAGCCAACUUAUGCUCGCCCUGCCGCUCGCGCCCUGGAUCUCCAGGUUCCUCUUCGAUCUGGCCAUCUAUUUCGGGCACCGCGAUGAGGCCAACAAGCUGAUGGCCGACAUGACCACCCAGAGCAGCCUGGUGCAGAGUCUGCAGAUCCUGAGUCUUAAUUUGAUGCAGGGCAGCAUGACUCUCCAGGGCUUCCAGUGCAUUCUGAAGAUCCUCUCCGAAUUGCCCGCCACCCAGGGUCAACUUUUGGACAAUAUGUCGCUCAAAGGCCACCGCCACAUGGUCUUCCUGCCCCUCACUCGCUCCGCUUUGGUUCAGUACUGCGUGGGCGCUAUUAUCAGCCGGCUGAGCCGCAAGGUCUACGAGCCCAACUGCCCGGAUCGAUUGCUUGGGGAUCUCCUGGUGCUGCAGCAACUAAACUUGCUCAACGAUGUCCUGCUCACCCAGCAAAUUCUUAGCUUGAUUAAGCAACGCAAGUCGUUCAAUCUGCGCACUCUAUCCACCUACAUAAUUGCCAUCGAUUUGAUUGAGGAACUGUCGCACAUUUGGAACUCGCAGCUGGAGGAUAAUUUCGAGUUGACCAGCUCACCGAUUUCGAGUGGCACUCCGAAGGAAAACCGAAGAAUCGGAACUCGCGGAGCGGACAAGGGAGCCAGGGAUGAAUUCAAAGCCAUAACUCGCCAGCAGAUUGCCCGCUGCAAUGAGAAUGUGAUCACUUUGCUGGCGAACUUCAUCAGCCAGGAACAUUUGAUGCUGGCGCAGCACAUCUUUGGGAUCAGCCAGCCCGUGGAGACGAUUGUGAUCAAGUGAGGAGGGUAA